AUGCAUUGGCCCAGCCACCGGUUUGACGGUUACUUCUUGGCACAGACAUUGGGGUUCCGGACCAAGACACUCAGACAUCUGACACUCGACCAUGACAGGUCAAGUGUGCGCACCCCGGCUCUGUCUGGAAACAGACCCUCGAGCUGCCAGGGUGGGGAGUUACAGGCUCACAGAGACCUGGCAGUUAAAGCUUGGAAGAUGCACAUGUUAUUGCAUUGCACCCAGGAAAGUUCAGCAUUUGGAUACUUCCUGGACAGACCUGGGCGGGUGGCAGUCAUCUGUCACCUUGUGAGCCAGAAUAAUUGGAAAACUUCCCAAAUUCGUAUCCUUGGCUGGAAUUCUCUGAGCUGGGACUCAGGUGUUAAGAGUCUCUGA